UCCGGCGGCUCUGAUCCCGGGACCUGGGCGCUGCUGCUGCUCCUGCUGCUGCCGCGGUCUCCAGGGGACAGGCUGGGCUUCUCGCCAGGCGCUUCCGAGUGCGCUCCUGGGCUGCUGAGCUCCGUCGCUCCUUCUCCAGCAACCGGUUACCUGGACUGCGAGGCAGAGCGGGAUCGGGCAGGUUGUGGCUUAAGCAACGGACCGGCCCCCUCUCUUCCACCCGCCCGCCCGUUUUGAUCCUGCGCUCUUUCUGCCUGGGCUUGAAAGGCAACGCGACGAACCGUCCGGGGACGCGGAAAGAGAUGCCUCCCGCACCGCCGGGCUUCCCUCGGCUGCGCUGAGAUCGCUGCGUGGCGCCCUCGAGGGCUGCUGGUUGGGAUCCGAGGCGCUUUUUUGGUGGGGUUCUCUUUUUCUCCCUCCUCCCCCUUCCUCACUUUUGCCUGGAGGAGAAGGCGAGCAUGCUGGGCGCAGGGAGAACGAGUUGGGGGCGCCUUGGGCUGCUCCUCUUGGGAAUGUGGAGCAUCGCGCUGUGGCAGCGGACCGAAGGAUGCCCGAGUAAAUGUACCUGCUCCGGAUCCAAUGUGGAUUGCCACGGACUGGGACUCAGAGCGGUGCCCCGAGGCAUUCCCAGGAAUGCGGAGAGACUUGACUUAGACAGAAACAACAUUACAAGGAUUACAAAGGUGGACUUUGCUGGGCUUAAGAACCUUCGUGUUCUGCAUUUGGAAGAGAAUCUAAUUAGUGUAAUAGAACGUGGAGCAUUUCAGGAUCUAAAGCAACUUGAACGGCUGCGGCUGAACAGAAAUAAACUUCAAGUUCUUCCAGAGCUGCUUUUUCAGAACACACUGAAGCUGACCAGGCUGUAAGUAUAGUUUUUAUUUUUGGCAUAGUAUAAGUGCUUUGUUUGGUUCUUUAGUCAGCAAUUUUGGCUGUGAGGUUUUGGUAUGAUGCCUUCUUGAAGUGGAUUUUGAGAUGUGUCUUGGUUUAUUGUACAAACUCUUUGCUGAAAAACAUAUCUGAGUAACAAAUUUGAGAAACAUUUCCUUCUCCUUUUACUGGUGCUGUAGAUUUAUUUAGAAAUUGAAGGUUGCUGAUGUUACAACUCCUUUUCAACAUAUUUUAUACAGGAGGAGUCUGAGAAGUUGGUAACCACA